AUGGACAAAACACAAUUUGAAAGACCAGUGGAGCCACUGCUGGAGCUGUGCAGACAGCAUGGUCCCCCCACCACAGCCUCGGCCCAGGACUCCCCACUGUCCUCCCGAGGAAGGACCAUUAAGUGGUUUUGGGACUCUGCCGAGGAGGGCUACAAGACCUACCACAUGGAUGAGUAUGAUGAAGAGAAGAAUCCUGGGGGCAUCAUUAACUUGGGUACCAGUGAGAACAAACUCUGCUUUGACCUCUUAUCCAGACGGAUGAGUCAGAGUGAUAUGCAUCGAGUAGAGCCAUCACUGCUGCAGUAUCCAGACUGGCGAGGGCAUCUCUUCCUCCGGGAGGAAGUGGCCAGUUUCUUGUCUUUCUACUGCAAGAGUCCAAAUCCUCUUAAAGCAGAGAACGUGGUGGUUCUGAACGGCUGUGCAUCUCUCUUCUCUGCUCUGGCCACGGUACUGUGUGAGGUUGGGGAAGCCUUCCUUAUCCCAGCCCCUUACUAUGGGGCCAUCACACAGCAUGUCUCUCUCUAUGGCAAUGUCCGGCUGGUUUGUGUCUACCUGCACUGUGAGGUUACCGGGCUGGACUCUCACCCCUUCCAGCUCACCGUGGAGAAGCUAGAAAAGGCCCUGCAAGAAGCUGUCUCUGAGGGUGUGAGGGUCAGAGGCCUCAUCCUCAUCCACCCCCAGAACCCCUUGGGUGAUGUCUAUACCCCUGAAGAGCUGUACAAGUUCCUGGAGUUUGCCAAGAGGCAUGAGCUGCACGUGAUGGUGGAUGAGGUCUACAUGCUGUCUGUGUUCCAGGAUCCGAGGAAUUACUGCAGUGUGCUGGGCCUAGAGAGGCUGCCUGACCCUCAGAGGACACAUGUGAUGUGGGCAGCCAGCAAGGAUUUUGGGAUGUCUGGGCUCCGCUUUGGCACGUUGUACACGGAAAACCGAGACGUGGCCACAGCCGUGGCUUCCCUUUGUCGCUACCACGGCCUCAGCGGCCUGCUCCAGUACCAGAUGGCUCAGCUGCUCCACGACCGUGAUUGGAUUGACCAAGUGUAUCUGCCAGAAAACCACGCCCGCCUCAAGGCUGCCCACGCCUUUGUCUCGGCAGAGCUGAGGGCUCUGGGGGUCCCCUUCCUGAAGCGAGGAGCUGGCUUCUUCAUCUGGGUUGAUUUGAGGAAGUACCUGUCUGAGGGCACCUUUGAGGAGGAAGCACAGCUUUGGCGUCACUUCUUGGAACACAAGGUCCUACUGUCUCCCGGCAAGACCUUUGAGUGCCUGGAGCCUGGCUGGUUUCGUGUGAUCUUCUCAGACCAGGCCCACCGACUUCGCUUGGGCAUGCAGCGAUUUCGGCGGGUACUGGAGGACAUAGCUCUAAGGCAGAAGGAUCUGCCUGCCUGCCAGGCCCUGGAGUUGAGUGGUCAGCAUGUGCCUCCGAAGAUGGGGGCAGGAAGCCUGGACCUUCAUUGUGAUGCCCACCUUCUGCUUCUGAAAGCCCAGGCUCCAUUGCUGGGCCCAAGCUACUGGUUGGCCAUCGCUGAAGAGCCGACCCGGAUCCCUCAAGUUUGCUCGCCCGCCCGGGCGGCGGCGACCCAUGUCCCGCGGCAUGAGCCGGUGAUCGCACGCGGGGCCGAGCGGGAGGCAGCCGUGGCCGAGGUAAGCAUUUACCGAGCCGGCUUCGGGGUGCGGACCUGGGGCCUCCUCGCCGAGGCCGAAUCCAGGCCGGGCUGCCUCCUCUCUCUUCCUCCCCCACACUCCCCUCACUACGUGUUUUCUCCCGAGUUUGGCAGAAUAGAAAACGAGGCCUCGGUGUUUGCAGGGUCCCUAGAGGCCAGCCCAGCUCGGGGAAUAGUGGUGUGA